CACUCAAAACCAUGUGAAACUGGAAUUUACUUUCAUGCUUUUCAUCUAUAUUAACAUCUCUAAAUCCAACAUACAAAGCUACCAUUUCCUUCUUUUGUCUUUGAUUUUUGCAUAUCAAACAUGAGCUCCUUACAGUCAUGGGUUUCAGAACACAAGCUCACUAGUGUUGGAUCUCUCUGGGCAGCUGCAGUUGCAGCAUCACUUGCAUACAGCCGCAAGAACUUCCCAGCCAAGACAAGUCUCAGGCUAAUUCAUGCAAGGAUGCAUGCACAGGCUCUGACACUGGCAGUGCUAUCCGGUGCUGCUCUCGUUCACUACUAUGACACCAAGAACAGUGCUGUGGAUGAUGGCAAACAAGCUUGAUCUCUUUCUUAUUAUAUUUUAGACUUAUGAACUAUCAAUCAUGUCUUGGCUUUGUUCUAUGUACCCCACUUAUUAUUGUAUAGCAUUAAUUUCAUGUAAUGAACUUAUGAUUUGAUGCUGC